AUGGCUCCCCAGAAGAUUCUCAUCAUCGGAGCGGGUGAAUUAGGCUUCCAGGUUCUCCGCUCCUUGGCGACUCAUCCCCGCAAACCCUCUACAAUCGCCGUAUUGCUGCGUCCCAGCAGCAUCGACCGUACCUCUGCCAACACCUCAAAACAAAAGCAAGAACAAAACGACGCACUACGCAGUAUGGGCGUGCAGUUUGUCCCGGGUGAUAUUGUCGAAGACUCGGAGCAAACUCUCUCCUCAAUCUUCGUUGAAUACGACACUGUCAUCGGAUGCACUGGCUUCGUUUCUGGAAGAUCUGUCCAGACAAAGAUCACACAGGCCGUGAUCGCAGCAGGAACGCCACGUUAUAUUCCCUGGCAAUUCGGUGUGGACUACGACGCCAUCGGCCGUGGCUCUGCACAGGACGUAUUCGAUGAGCAGCUGGAUGUGCGCGAUUUGCUGCGGGCGCCGGGCCAAACAAAGACCCGUUGGACUAUCGUAUCCACAGGCAUGUUUACAAGCUUCCUCUUUGAGCCUUCAUUUGGCGUCGUGGACAAAGAUAACGCUACUAUUAACGCGCUGGGCAGCCUAGAGAAUAGCGUCACUGUUACUACACCAGAGGAUAUCGGAGCUUUGACGGCAGAGAUCGUGAUGAGGGACUUGUUUGACAAUCAGCCUAUCUUUGUCGGUGGUGAUACGGUUACAUAUGAACGUCUCGCACAGCUGGUAGAGAAGGUUACCCGGAAGACUUUUAGAAGAAAUGUUCUUACAGUUGAGAACAUGCUGGCUACUCUAGCAGGGGAUCCAGGCAAUGGCCUGCUUAAAUACCAGGUUGUUUUUGGCCAGGGUCGUGGUGUGGCGUGGGAUUUGGCUGCAACAUGGAACAUGGAGCAUGGAAUACGGACAGAAACGGUAGAAGAUCAACGCUGCUACUUUCUCGAUGUUACCUAG